UCAUCUGUAGCAGCAAAACAGACGCGGCUCCGCUGACUGCGGGGCUGAACGGGUUAACGCGGGUGGGUGCGGUUCAACCUGCUGAUGUGGAGGAACGGAAAACGAAACCGAGCUCAGAUAUGCAGGUCAAACCAGAAACUUUCUCACCGAGGCUCAGUUUGCAGGUUCAGCUCCGUAACUCCGCAUAAAAUCUUCUGUCCGCUCGGAGAUUUUUGUUUUAUUCAUGCAGGAAUAAAACAGGAAGAGGAGAAAAUAUGUCUGCAGCAAGGAAGGAGCUAGCGGAGGCUCUGAGCCGCUACGUCUCAGAAACGCUGGCCUCCACGCAGCUGGCCAGCGGAUUCUGUGCCAUGUUCUCCAAAUGGAUGCUGUGGAGGGAAACCGAGUUAGACAUGAUGCUGGACAUCAAGGACAGAGCGGACAAGGUGAACCUAAACAUCAGCCACGUCACUCAGUCGGAGCAGAAAGGGAAGGCGUUUGUGGAGUACAUGAAGAACAAGGUGAGCGGUCUGACGGCGGACAGCCGGCUGGAGGAGCUGCAGGGCGAGCUGGCGGCGGUGCUGAGCGACACGCUGGACGGGCUGCAGAAGCUCGCCUGCUUCCUGGAUGCGGUGGAGAAGCUGGCGGUCACUUCGCUGCACGUCUUCGCAGAGAACCAGACGCUUCACCUGCCUGGAGACGUCGGCGCCGACGGCGUCCGGGCGGUCGUCACCGCCGCGCGUCUCAUCUGCCCGCUGCUCCUGGUGUUUAAGAGAGACGCCGGCGUCUUCUUCCUGCCUAAACUCCAGAAUGUGGAUGUGAUGGCUCACCAGCUGGACCGAUACAUCAAGACCGCCAAGAAAAUCUGUGACAAGAUGGAGAAAAGCUGCUUCAGUGACGUUUCCUUAAAUUUGAUGGGUGAAGCUCAGGUGAACCUCGGCGAGGAUUUACCUGAAAAUGAUGUUCAGAGGAUGUUGGAUCACAUUAACCAGCUUCAUCAAAUCAGGACGGAUCCAAACUUUCGAACCGUCUUCCUGUUCCAGGACGAUUCGCAUCACGACUUCACGGAGGAGUUCAGCAAGCGCGAGCCGCGGAUGGCGGCGUUCCUGAGCGAGCUGGAGGCGAACGCCGUCCAGCUGGACAGCAUGAACAAAGGAGCCAAGAUCUCCAGCGUGGUGGGCAGCUCCGUGGGCGCCGUCGGCGGCGUCCUCUCCAUCGUCGGCUUGGCGUUGAUCCCGGUCACGGCCGGAGUGUCUCUCGCCCUGACCAUGACGGGGAUCGGGAUGGGGGUCACCAGCGGGGUCAACAGCAUCGUCACCACCGCCACUGAGGUGGGCGUCAACCGCACACACCAGAAGAAAGCCAGCGAGGUUUUCCAGAGCUUCAUGGACGACGUGACGAAGCUGCAGGAAUGUCUGGAAGAUGUGAUGCAACAAACCAUCACCAAAAUGGAAACCAGUGGCAUCGACGUGGUUCUGGGAGCUGGGAAAGUUGUUUGUAAAUUGGGGACAGUCGGGAAAAGCAUUGAUUCAAUCGUUGAUUUAGCUUCUGCUGCGAAACUGUUAAAAACCGAGGAGGUUGUGGCCAGCGCCGGGAAGGUGGUGGCUCAGGAGGGGAGCGCUGUGCGGAGUCUUCCCCGGUUGGCGUCGGACAUCCCAGAUGUGGGUCAGGCCGCCGUUAAAGGAUCGCUGGCCGCCUCCAAGUCGGCCAGAGCCGGCCUGAUCGCCGUCAACGCGCUCUUCCUCGGCAUGGACAUCAUCUUCAUCUGCAAGGACAGCAUCAGUCUGGCCAGAGGCAGCGAGUCCGAGGUGUCGAAGUUCAUCAGAGCCCGGUCCGCUCUGUGGAGCUCGGAGAUGGAGUCGUGGAGGAAGAUCCACGAAUCGCUGAGCGCCGGCGUGCCGACGUCCGGGAAGAAGGAGGCCGUGCUGGAAACGCCGUUUUACCCCGACGCUGGGAUGGGAAACGAGGAAUAAACCGCUGACGCUUCAUCUGAAGGGUUGUGCAUAAAACUGAUACGACUCUGUCAUAAACAUAAAACUGAACGAACAUGAAGGAGUCCAAUGUUUGACUGGUGUGAGGAGUCAUCAUUUAAAAGUGUAAAUGAUGACUCUAUUAAUGCAAAGUUGAUUCUUCUGAUGCACUUUUAAUGCAACUUUCCAUUAAAAGUUUAAUUAUUUACAAAAUGGCACUAAUAGAAAAACUUUUAUUUUACAGGAUUGUAUCUUAUUGCUGCUGGUCAUCAUCACUGACAUGUUGCAGGGAAACUAAAUAUGCUGCUAAUCCUGUAAUUUAUGAUGAAAUUAAAAGAUUUGAAUUCUUCUAUAUUAUUUUAAAUUAGUUUUUUUCAUAUAUCCUUAAUAAAGCGUAAUUUCUGCAAAUGCAUUGAAAUCCAAAACAUCUUUUAAAAAAGAAAAUUAAUUUAAUAUUUUCUGUCCAGCAGUUUGAUAUUCAUUAAAUGCUAAGGAGAAAACUAACAGAUUUACAAAUGGAGCAUUACAGCUUCACUAUAAUGUUUCACUUGAUUACAGAGCUCUGGAAAGAAUUAUCUUAAAUGAUCAGUUUCUCAGAUUUUAAUCUUUAUAGGUUUAUGUUUGAGUAAAAUGAACAUUGUUCUUUUAUUCUAUGAACUACUGACAUGUCUGUGAAAUUCAAAGAACAAAUUCAAAGUAACAAAAAGACGCAGUGAUUUCAGUAAAGCAAAGAAAACAAGUUCAUAUUCAUUUAGAAACAACAAUACUCAGGUUUAACUCAGGAAGAGUUCAGAAAUCAACAUUUGGUGAAUAACAUGGAGGUUUUUAACGGGUUCACUUUUUCAGAGCUGUAUGUAUAAAAUAUGAUUAGAAAUUUCUUUGGGUUUAUUUCAGAUGCAACAGAGAUGGAAAAGAAAGGAGGAAUAAUGAAAACAAAAGGAGAAAAUAAGAGUCUAUGAAGAAAACACUGUAAAAGUCUGCUUCCACACCUGCAGGACAGAGAAAAAUACGUAAUGUUUCUCCGUAUGAAUGUUCAGUAACGGGUUUGAGGAGCCAAAGACAUGUAGAGAAUAUAAAUAUGGAAAUCAUUUAGUGGAAAAUAUGUAAAAUACCUUACUAACUUCAUCAAUGGUUAAAUAAAAUGUCAGCAGCA